ACAAAUAAAUCGAGCGCAUGAAAAGUCGUGUGUGUGAGAGAGUUAGUAGUUGGGGAAAAAAAUUCAAGAGAACUUAAUUUGAAAACGAAUUAAAAUUGGUUUUUUAUUCCGUCAAAAAGGUGACAACAAUAAAAAAUCACACAAAUUUUCAGAACGUUGUCUUAUAAACCCCUUUAACGGUGUUUUAUUAAAUAAAAUAAAUAAUGGCAAGCUUAAUGCGUGUGCCAUCGAUUUUGGCAAAAAAUGCGGCUGCAAUGCUUCGAGUUUCAUCCGUUGUGCCACAACGCGAUUUGCAUAUUACACAUGGAAAAAAAGAUGCUUCUUCCAAACCUGAUGCCAUCUCUAAGGAAUAUCCCAUUGUAGAUCACGCCUAUGAUGCUGUUGUGGUUGGUGCUGGUGGCGCUGGUUUAAGAGCUGCUUUCGGUUUGGUUGCUGAAGGCUUCAAGACUGCUGUUGUGACAAAACUUUUCCCUACUCGCUCUCACACUAUUGCAGCUCAAGGUGGUAUUAAUGCUGCCUUAGGUAAUAUGGAGGAAGACGAUUGGAAAUGGCAUAUGUAUGAUACUGUAAAGGGUUCUGAUUGGUUGGGUGAUCAAGAUGCUAUUCACUAUAUGACACGUGAAGCCCCAAAGGCCGUUAUCGAGUUAGAGAACUAUGGUAUGCCUUUUUCUCGUACUCCUGAUGGUAAAAUUUACCAGCGUGCUUUCGGCGGACAAAGUUUAAAGUUCGGAAAAGGUGGUCAAGCUCAUAGAUGUUGUGCUGUAGCUGAUAGAACUGGUCAUUCAUUAUUGCACACACUAUACGGUCAGUCUUUAAGCUAUGAUUGCAAUUACUUUGUUGAAUACUUUGCCCUUGAUUUACUUUUCGAAAAUGGUGAAUGUCGUGGAGUUAUCGCAUUGAAUUUAGAAGAUGGUACUCUUCAUCGUUUCCGUGCACGCAAUACAGUAAUUGCCACUGGUGGUUACGGUCGUGCCUAUUUCUCUUGUACUUCAGCUCACACAUGCACUGGUGACGGUACUGCCAUGGUUGCACGCCAAGGUUUACCAUCACAAGAUUUAGAAUUCGUACAGUUCCAUCCGACAGGUAUUUAUGGCGCCGGAUGUCUUAUUACUGAAGGUUGCCGUGGUGAAGGAGGCUACUUAGUCAAUGCCAAGGGCGAACGUUUCAUGGAACGUUAUGCUCCUGUUGCCAAGGACUUGGCUUCUCGUGAUGUAGUGUCUCGUUCAAUGACUAUCGAAAUAAUGGAAGGCCGUGGUGUUGGGCCCGAAAAGGAUCAUGUUUAUUUGCAAUUGCAUCACUUGCCCCCAGAGCAAUUGGCUCAACGUUUGCCUGGUAUUUCGGAGACUGCAAUGAUCUUUGCUGGUGUUGAUGUUACCCGUGAGCCCAUUCCAGUCUUACCUACUGUUCAUUACAAUAUGGGUGGUAUUCCUACCAACUACAAAGGACAAGUGCUAACCAUUGACGAGAAUGGUGCUGAUAAAGUUGUGCCUGGCUUGUAUGCUGCCGGAGAAUCUGCAUGUUCUUCAGUUCAUGGUGCCAAUCGUCUUGGUGCUAAUUCCCUGUUGGAUUUGGUCGUUUUUGGUCGUGCUUGCGCAAAAACUAUUGCCGAAGAGAAUAAACCCGGUGCUACUCCACCUUCAUUAAAAGAUAAUGCUGGUGAAAUGUCUGUUGCCAAUUUGGAUAAGUUGCGCCACGCCAAUGGUAGUAUUACAACUGCUGAUUUACGUUUGAAAAUGCAAAAGACUAUGCAACAUCAUGCUGCUGUAUUCCGUGAUGGUCCCGUACUUAAAGAAGGUGUCAACAAAAUGUGCGAAAUCUAUCAACAAUUCAAGGACGUCAAAGUAGUCGACAAAUCCAUGGUUUGGAAUUCCGAUUUAGUUGAAACUUUGGAAUUACAAAAUCUCUUAGCUAAUGCUAGAAUGACUAUUGUAGCUGCAGAGAACCGUAAAGAAUCCCGUGGUGCUCAUGCCCGUGAAGAUUACAAAACACGUAUUGAUGAAUACGAUUUCAGCAAGCCUUUAGAUGGCCAACAAAAGAAACCUAUGGAAGAGCAUUGGCGCAAACACACACUAACAUGGAUUACAGACGACCAAGGUUCAGUUGACAUUAAAUACAGAGCUGUAAUUGAUUCAACAUUGGACAGUACUGUACAAACCGUGCCUCCAGCAAUCCGCUCGUACUAAACCUCGUCAUCUUUGACAACUUAAUUUCAAAGUCUCAGACACGCAGAUUUAAUACCAAAUUUUCUCCCUCCUUCACCUUUCCAACGUAUUAAAUAUUGAGAAACGAAAUACACAAAUUUUUAUCUACAACUAUUUUUUAUAAAUGUUAAUGAUUUUUGUUGUUUUAAGUAAAAGAAAAGUUUGAUCUUGACGUGAAUUCCUCUUGGGAACUUUUCUGUUUGUUUUAUUUAUGUCCCCUAACCAACUCAUCUCUAUUUGACGCUUUAAAAGAUGUAGUUGUUAACAAUAAAUUAAAAAUGAAAUUUAAGAAAAUAAGCCAA